CCGCGACGUCAUCACCGCGCGCGCUGCCCGAGGCCCAGGCGUGCGGCUGGCAAUGGCGCUGUUUUACGUUGCGCGGUACCCGGGACCCGAGGCGGCGGAGGUCGGGGCGCACGGCCGGGCCCGCACGCUGCUCGAGCGGCUGCAGAGCCGGGCCAGGGAGCGGCAGCAGCAGCGGGAGCCCGCGCCGACCGAGGCGGCUGCACCGACCGAGCCAGCAAGCAGGAAGCGACGGCGGCCCCGGCGGCGGCGGCGGGUGAACGGCUCGGAGCCGGAGAGCCCGGAGGCGCGUCGGGGAAAGCGGCGGAAGGCGGACGACGAGGACGCGGGCGCAGGUGGGCCGCGGCGCGCGGGGCGAGCGGGCUCCCUCCGAGGCGCCAGCGACCCGGUGCUGACGCGCUCCCCCGCAGGUGUCUGCCGGGCCGAAAGCAGCGAGGAGGCGCCGGGGGAGCGCAGCGCCCGCGCCAAGGCGGCUCCAGACGGACGGGUCCCGGAGGAGGCGGCCGGACCCCUGGCUCCCGGCCUGGUGCUCGGUGGAUUCGGGAGGAGGAAGGCGCCGAAAGUCCAGCCUUUCCUGCCCAAGUGGCUGGCUGAGCCCAGCUGUGUCAGAAAGAAUGUUACCGAAGACCUGGUUCCUAUUGAGGACAUCCCUGAGGUCCACCCUGACCUGCAGAAGCAGCUGCGGGCACACGGCAUCUCGUCCUACUUUCCAGUGCAGGCAGCUGUGAUUCCCGCUCUCCUGGAGAGUGCGGCCUGCGGGUUCCUGGUGGGCAGAGGCGGCUACCGGCCUAGCGACCUCUGUGUUUCUGCCCCGACGGGCAGUGGGAAGACUCUGGCCUUUGUAAUCCCUGUGGUGCAGGCCCUGCUGUCAAGAGUGGUAUGUCAUGUCCGUGCCCUGGUGGUGCUGCCCACCAAGGAGCUGGCCCAGCAGGUGAGCAAAGUCUUCAACAUCUACACAGACACCACGCCUCUGAGAGUCUCCCUGGUUACAGGACAGAAGUCUCUGGCCAAGGAGCAGGAGAGCCUUGUCCAGAAAACAGCCGACGGGUACCGCUGCUUGGCUGACAUUGUGGUGGCCACUCCCGGCCGCCUGGUGGACCACAUAGACCAGACCCCAGGAUUCAGCCUCCAGCAGCUCCGCUUCCUGAUCAUCGAUGAGGCAGACCGGAUGAUUGACAGCAUGCAUCAGUCCUGGCUGCCACGGGUGGUGGCGGCCGCCUUCCAGAGCGAGGACCCUGCAGACCCCUGUGCCCUGCUCCAGCGAAGGCAGGCCCAGGCUGUGACAGCCGCCAGUAUCUGCUGUCCCCAGAUGCCCCUGCAAAAGCUGCUCUUCUCAGCUACUCUGACCCAGAACCCCGAAAAGCUGCAGCAGCUGGGCCUCUACCAGCCCCGGCUUUUCUCCUCAGGGCUGGCACAUAGGGGCCUGGAAGAGACAGACGAGGACAAGGAGUCAGGGAAGUACGCCUUCCCUGUGGGGCUCACACACCACUACGUGCCCUGCAGCCUCAGCUCCAAGCCGCUGGUUGUCCUGCACCUGGUCCUGGAGAUGGGCUUCUCGAGGGUUCUCUGCUUCACUAACUCCCGAGAGAACUCCCACAGGCUCUUCUUGCUGGUGCAAGCUUUUGGAGGUGUGGAUGUGGCUGAGUUCUCCUCACGCUACGGGCCUGGCCAGAGGAGGGCGAUCCUGAAGCAGUUUGAACAGGGGAAGAUCCAGCUGCUCAUCAGCACGGACGCCACUGCCCGGGGCAUCGACGUGCAGGGUGUGGAGCUGGUGGUGAACUACGACGCCCCCCAGUACCUGAGAACCUAUGUGCACCGGGUCGGGAGGACGGCCCGAGCUGGGAAAACCGGACAGGCCUUCACGCUGCUCCUGAAAGUACAGGAGAGGAGAUUCCUCCGGAUGCUGGCUGAAGCUGGGGCUCCUGAGUUGCAGCGGCAUGAGCUGUCCAGCACGCUGCUGCAGCCACUGGUGCCCAGGUACGAGGAGGCCUUGUCCCAGCUGGAGGAGUCCGUCAAGGAAGAGCACAGGCAGAAGCUGGCCUAGGAUGGGUCUCGGAGGCUGAGGAGCCGAACGCCCACCACCCUCACCCUCUCCCAGAGCAGUCCUGACCACUGGCUGCUGCGAGGACAGGACUCCCCGGGCUCCUGAGGAAGCAGCCAGUGGACAUGGCCUUCCUCCCAAGUGUCCUCCAUGCCAGGCAGCUGGGCGUCAGAGCUGAGGCGUCGGGCUGUCACUUUCACAGCGAGAAGCCACUGAAGCUUUGGCCUCAGGUCAGGAUGGCCGCUGGGAGUGGAGCCUUAUAAAACUGGAAGGCACUCUGAAACAGAGGCCGUGGCACCUGUCACGUGUGGCUGAGAGUCGGGGGGUGAACCCUGAGCCAAUGAUAAAACUUCAGCCCUUAAAGCAACACAAGCGUACCCACCAUCUUCCCUUGGAAAGGUCACUUGAGUCCCUCACUCACAUAUGGGCAGGAGCCCACAGCCACCCUGAUUUGGAACAAACAAACACUGAGAAACUCGGGUAAACGCUUCCCCGGGCCUGUGUCACGCAGACCCCAGGAAGGGGACAUUGUCUGUGAAACGCUUCCAUUGUCACAGAUCAAAGAAGUCAGCGUGUGGUUGGCACCCAGUCUCCACCCAGGUGUACACGCAGCAUGAAACAUUCUCACUGCGAACGUGGUGGGAAAUGUGCCUUGGAAGCACCGACCACUAUCUGUGAGGAGGUUUUGUUGUGAAAGUUUUAUGUGAUGAUAUUAAACAACUUCAAAAAAACGAGUGAACUGUGGUGCUUUUUCCGCCUGGAGAUACUUACCCGCGUCAGUGAAUGACAGUGUGAAAACAUUUUUGAGACUGAGGCUCUCUGAGAUACACUCGCUUCUCCCGCAGCCACGGGCCGGGAGACGUGAAGUCCGCAAGCAGGAUGGACGCUCUGGGGACUCCUCAGACGAGAACCCUCACACCAAGCGCAGCGUCCACACCAGGCAAGCUUGUCCCGUGCAUGCUGGAGUGUGGGACCGGCUGCGGUCGUCCAGUGAGGCUUCUCCGGAUGCUGGCUGAAGCUGGGGCCCCUGAGUUGCCACGACACGCGCUCUAGCAAGCUGCUGCAGCCGCUGGUGCCCCGGUACCAGGAGGCUUCUGGGCCAGUCCUAGUCCUGGGAGCUUCCAGUAUAAGAACCAAGGCACAACAGCCUGCACUUCCCACCUCCGCCUGGCAGCAAAAGGGAUGAGAAUGGGGGUGCCCUCCGCGCUGGAGAGUGUGCUGAAUCCCGAAGCUGGUCGG